UGGUGAUAAUGCACAGAGGAUUUUUAGGGCAGUAAAAAUUCUCUUGUGUCAUACCAUACUGAUGAAUACAUGACAUUAUCCAUUUGUCCAAGUUCACAGAACGUACAACACCAAGGAUGAACCCUAAUUUAACUGUGCACUUUGGGUGAUAAUGAUGUACCAGAGUCAGUUCAUCAGUUAUAACACAUGUACACUCUGGUGGGGGAUACUGAUAAUGGGAGGCUGUGCAUUUGUGGUGAUAAGGGCGUAUAUGGGAAAUCUGUCCCUUCUCCAUUUUGCUAUGAACCUAAAAUGGCUCUAAAAAAUAAAAUCUUAAAGAGAUGGCUGUGAUGCUAAAUUUUACGUUAGGUAUAUUUUACCACAAAAAACCCAAAAGCCCAUACACAUUAAGCAGGUAAUCCCUAUCUUCCUCUUGUCCACUCCCUCCACUAGUAUCUGGCAGUCACCCUGCCGGUGUUUUGUAUUUUUUUCAUCAUUAUAUCCUUAGCCCCCAACAUGGUUGUUGCUGAAUAAAACUUUGGUCAGUGAUGAGCUUUUACUCUAGCACUGAUUUAUCUUUGUGUAUUUCUUCAACAGCCACAUAAUGAGAAAAGUUAUCUUUAAGGAAAUUUCUUUGAAAUGUUUCCCUAGUAUUUAAGAGUUUUCUACUUGUCCACCGAUAUCUGCAUAGUAGUGCCUCUGGAACCAAAGCUACUUUUGUAUUUAUCUGCGCAUCUUUGUUAUUUUUAGUUGAUAUUUUGGGUUGAUAAUGGUGGUCCUGGUUCUGUUCCUGGUGGCAUCCAUCUGAUACACUCAGAAACAAAGACUGAAACAAAGACUUACUGAAUCUUUCAAAUACAUGUAGUGAUGGCCAAAUACAUGCUUUUUCUUAGGAUGUUAAAAUUUUCAAAUACUGUUUCUUUUAUGGAGGAGAAAAAAAUGUAGCCAUCCUUUCAGAAAUUAAUAUUUUUAAGCCGAUUUCUUCCUUGAAGUAUGUUAGUCUUUUUCUUUAGGCUCACAACUCAUAAAAUCUUGUUCUUCCCUGUUGCUCUAUAAUUUAUAAAAUUGUAUUGCAGUUGGCUUGGGUAGAAUUUACUUAAGCAUAGUUGAGCCUUUAGAUUUUCUUUCUGGCAUGGACAAAAGCCUCAUUAAUUAUGAAUAUGAAUUCCUUUUGCAAAAUGACAAGAUUGAACAUUUCCUCAUGCCAAUAUCCCAGCUGUCUCAUUCUGAUGCUCAACAAAGACUUUUAGAGAUUGUCUUUAAUGGCCGUGCUAUCAGAUACUUAAAAAAAAAAAAAAAAAAAAAAGAGAAACUAAAAAGAAUGCAAAAUAGCUUACAGUUUUGUUUUUCGAGAAAAAAUAAUGAAAGGUUUUUGUUUUAGUGCGGACGUUUUCUACUCUUGUAAUGCAUUUGUGGGCUCGAAGAUUUGACCAUGGCUACAAACCAAAGGAUCAUUUCUUCUCUCUAAAGUGUAGGUACAAAAUUCCAUUUGUUUAGAUGACCAGUACUUGGAGUCCCGAGGCUCAGGUCACCUUUCGCCCUCUGACCAGCCGAAGCUCACUCUUGGUCUCGUGACGGAGAUGGCAGUGGGCGUUGGUAGCCAGCCAGCGCUGAGCCCUCACCGCGCUGGUGCUGAUUCAUUAUGGCCUCCCCACGUUCGCAGGGGGUAGCUAGCGUCUGUUACCACCACCGGAGGGGGCGAACUGGGGCUUCAGUCCAAAGCCUCCAGAGGCUAUGAGCCACCAUAUUCUGUUGCCUCGGUCCUGAGUGUGUCUGUUCAGCCAUCGCUUGACCAAUCUCAGUGCAAUGGUUUUUCAUAUUCUCACUUGCCCUGCAUCCUGUGGUGUUUGCUGCUAGAGAAAUUGACCCAGAUAUGGCAGGUGGUUCCUUGGAGUAGGACCCUUGGAAGAGGUGUUUUCACCUCUGGCCUCCAGCUGUGGUUUUCUUGUCUGGAGAUGGAUCUGUGUUGUUGCAUUCCUUCCAGGCUGUCAAGGAAGCCAGCACUCCUGGAAAUUCCCUCCUAAGUUCGGAGCCUAAGGGCCAGGGAGUGCACUGCGUGCCUGUGCCCGUGUUUGAUAUUAAGGCUGCAGGCUGUUGGAAACCUUUUUUAUGUUCCCAAUUCCUUGAGGGGCGGAUGUCUGGUGUUGCCACUCCUCUUCCAUUUUUUUAAAAUUUAAAUUUGUUGUUUAUUAUUUAUUUGCUUACUUUAACCGGAAGCUCUGUAACAUUACACAUGAGCCAAUCCUGCUUAAGUCCCAUGAAAAUAACCUGGGGCCGGACCGCUCAGUGUGCAGUUGCUUCAUUACUUUAGGAAACCUCAGGAUUGGAACCAAGGUGCACUGGUUCGGCCGGAGGCUGAGGAAGGAAGGGCGGACGACCGUUUGGCAGCGUUAGAAAAGCAAGACAAAGCAGUCAUCCAUAGUUCAAAGCCCAUCCAUUUUUGUUUUUUUUUGCCGAGAACAUGGUUAGGGGUGUAAUUUGGCUUCAGAGCCCCUCCUUGUUUUCUUGGACUGUGUUUAGUAUGCAUUUGGCUUCAAACGCUGUUUCCCAUUGUUGCGUCUGUUCCUGUGCUGUGUUGUCGUCCCUUCCCUGCGUUGUUCUCCGUCUCUGAGGUGGGGACUGCUGUUCCAGCUGCCCAGAGCUGGCCCUGCCGUCAGCCCCGGCCCGGGCAGCCGGCCUUCACCCUUGGCCUUCCGUCCAGCAGCCUGGCCUCGCCCUCCCCGGCCCCAGGCUUCCUGCUCCCUCCCAAGGGCCGGACUGGCCCCUCCAGUGGCCUCUUUGCUGCAUUUUUGCCCUGCAGGCAUGGAGGCAAUGGCCAGAGCGGUCCUGUUCCCUCUCGCAGCCUCAGAACCAAGCACUUACUCUCUGGAAUGGGGCCGCGGUUCCCUGCCUCUGUGCUUCUCCUCAUACCUGUGACCUUGCAGACGGAGGGCGGGAGGCACGUUAGUUCCGGAUCCCAGCUGCUUUGCCACUGCUGAUGGCUGUGUCGCCCCCAGGGAGCACCAGCCAGUCAGUAAAUAGGGCUGACCCCGGCUCGAGGGAGGCUGCUGGAGGGGGGCACGCGUGCGGAUGAACCCUGCUCUCACUCCACAGAAACACGGCCCCUGAAAUCAUGUCAGUGUGAAUUGUAAAAGAGGGUAUAUUUUUUUGGUGUGAAUGCUGCCCAGCUGUUAGAGUUGAGAAAUUGCACAGUGUGCUGGUUAAGAACCUUCAAUUUGGGUUGAACCCUGGCCUGUGCUUUCUUUCUUUUUUUUUUCUUUGGCAGCGUGACCUUUGGCAAACGGCUCUAAUCUCUGCAUACCUCAGUUUUCUGGUCUGUAAAUUAGAUGCAAUGAUAGCACCCAUGUAGGGCUGCAGGGAAAUCUCUGUGUGUGUGUGAGAGAGAAGGGCCUAGUUCAGGGCCUGGUCCAUAGCAGACUUUACAUGAUAGCUAUUAUUUUUUUUUAAGAUUUUAUUUAUUUAUUUGAGAGAGAGCCUGAGCAGAGGGAGAGGGAGAAGCAGACUCCCCACUGAGCAGGGAGCUGAUGUGGGGCUCGAUCCCAGGACCCCGGGAUCGUGACCUGAACUGAAGACAGACGCUUAGCCGACUGAGCCACCCCAGCAACUGUUAUCAUGAAGAUGGUGGAACCAGGGAGAUUGGCUCCGCCCUGACCAGGAUGUGCAUGAGACACAGAAGCAUAGAAGCCAAGCUCAGGCAGUUUUCGAGUGCUUUAAUCGAUUGUCUGAUAAACCCACUUCAAGAACAGAUGGAAGAAUGGAAGAAAGUGGCCAACCAGCUGGAUAAAGACCACGCGAAAGAAUAUAAAAAAGCUCGCCAAGAGAUAAAAAAGAAGUCCUCAGAUACACUGAAGCUGCAGAAGAAAGCAAAAAAAGUGGACGCUCUCGGGAGAGGCGAUAUCCAGCCUCAGUUGGACAGUGCUCUCCAGGAUGUCAACGACAAGUAUCUCCUGCUGGAAGAAACAGAAAAGCAGGCAGUCCGGAAGGCUUUGAUUGAGGAGCGCGGCCGAUUCUGCACCUUCAUUGCUAUGCUGCGGCCAGUGAUUGAAGAAGAAAUCUCAAUGCUAGGGGAAAUAACUCAUCUUCAGACCAUAUCAGAAGAUCUGAAAAGCCUGACCAUGGACCCUCACAAACUGCCGUCCUCAAGUGAACAGGUGAUUUUGGACUUGAAAGGCUCUGAUUACAGUUGGUCGUACCAGACGCCACCCUCUUCCCCCAGCACGACCAUGUCCCGCAAGUCCAGCGUCUGCAGCAGCCUGAACAGUGUGAAUAGCAGCGACUCGCGCUCCAGCGGCUCCCACUCCCACUCCCCGAGCUCCCACUACCGUUACCGCAGCUCCAACUUGGCCCAGCAGGCGCCCGUCCGCCUGUCCAGCGUGUCCUCCCACGACUCAGGAUUCAUUUCCCAGGACGCCUUCCAGUCUAAGUCGCCGUCCCCCAUGCCGCCAGAGGCCCCCAACCAGAACUCGUCCAGCUCGGCCUCCUCCGAAGCCUCGGAAACCUGCCAGUCCGUGAGCGAGUGCAGCUCGCCCACCUCGGUCAGCUCAGGCUCCACCAUGGGCGCCUGGGCGUCCACAGAGAAGUUGUCUAACGGGUUUUCUCACUGUAGUUUGCCAAGUGAAUCCCAUGUGGGGCCCAUGGGGGCAAGCCUUUCCCCUCAUUGCCCGCCUGCCUCCCGCCUGCUCCCUCGGGUCACCUCUGUCCACCUUCCAGACUUCGCUCAUUAUCACACCAUUGGGCCCGGCAUGUUCCCGUCAUCUCAGAUCCCUAGCUGGAAGGACUGGGCCAAGCCAGGACCCUACGACCAGCCUCUGGUGAACACCCUACAGCGCCGCAAGGAGAAGCGGGAGCCAGACCCCAGUGGAGGAGGGCCCACGGCCGCGGGGGGCGCGCCCGCAGCGGCUGACGAAGCGCAGAGACCGCGGAGCAUGACCGUGUCAGCUGCCACCAGGCCUGGUGAGGAGAUGGAGGCGUGCGAGGAACUGGCGCUGGCCCUGUCGCGGGGCCUCCAGCUGGACACCCAGAGGAGCAGCCGGGACUCGCUGCAGUGCUCCAGCGGCUACAGCACCCAGACCACCACCCCGUGCUGCUCGGAGGACACCAUCCCCUCCCAAGUUUCAGAUUAUGAUUAUUUCUCUGUAAGUGGCGACCAGGAGGCAGAUCAGCAGGAGUUUGACAAAUCCUCCACCAUCCCGAGAAACAGCGACAUCAGCCAGUCCUACCGACGGAUGUUCCAGGCCAAGCGCCCAGCCUCAACGGCUGGCCUCCCCACCACCCUCGGACCGGCUAUGGUCACCCCGGGGGUUGCAACCAUCCGACGGACCCCUUCCACCAAGCCUUCUGUCCGCCGGGGGACCAUCGGAGCCGGCCCCAUCCCCAUCAAGACCCCCGUGAUCCCGGUCAAGACCCCAACCGUCCCAGACCUCCCCGGGGUGUUGCCCGCGCCCCCGGACGGGCCAGAGGAGAGGGGUGAGCACAGCCCCGAGUCGCCGGCUGUGGGCGAGGGCCCCCAGGCUGUCACCAGCAUGCCCACCUCCAUGUGGAGCGGCCAAGCCUCCGUCAACCCUCCUCUCCCAGGCCCGAAGCCAAGUAUCCCCGAGGAGCACAGACAGGCGAUUCCAGAGAGCGAGGCCGAAGACCAGGAGAGGGAUCCCCCAAGUGCCACUGCUUCCCCAGGCCAGAUCCCGGAGAGCGACGCUGCAGAGCUGAGCCCAAGAGAUACUCCGCAAGGGGAAGACAUGCUGAACGCCAUCCGAAGGGGCGUGAAACUGAAGAAGACCACGACCAACGACCGCUCAGCCCCUCGCUUCUCGUAGGCGCGCUAGGCUCCCAAGAAACGCUGCCAGUGGGGGAAGGAACUGUUUAAUUCAUAAAACCUAAUUUGUCUCGAUCCAUUCCAAUCUAUAAUCAGACAAAAGAUUUUGUAGGCAACUCAGAAUACAGCUCUUUUGAAAGUACUCGACACCUUUAGAUAAGAAUUAAAAGCAACAUAUGUAACUGACAUAACUUUGAUCUUUUAAUUUGUAAAUAUUGACCGUUUUCUUUCUGCACAUUCUAAUCUUAGUUUCCCUUUUGAUUUUUCUGAAGGUGCCAAAUUCCAUUUAACUUUUUUACAAGUCUUUGUAAAAUUUUAAAUGCAUAAUGGGUUGGGGGGGUGGUCGGGGCAAGGGGAAACACAAAGUAGUUAAUUUCAGAAAAAAAGAUAACUCUACUUAUUAGCCUUUUCUUUUCUCUCUCCUUUUUUUCCUGCAAGCUUUUGUAGAUGCAUUGUAGUAGUCUGGCUUAGAAGCAAAUUCAAGUUAUUUUAAUGUACAAACAAAAUGGAUCAAGGGUUAAAAUCUUCAUUUACAUGUAGUAUGUUCUGGCUGAGAAAAGCAGGAGUAACAAAUGAUGAGCAAUAUUCGGAGUGAAGUAAAUCCGGAAAUGGUAGACUCUGUUGGGAUUGGGGGGGAGGGCCGUGGGAGGGGCACACAGUCAACAUAGCCGAUCCUGUUAACAUUUAAGAGUAGCCUCGUAGGUUGAAUUUCUAGUAGCUUCAUGGUAAAUGCAUCCGAAUAAGCCAUACUGGAUUGCAGUGUUUGUUUCUGUAGGGUGUUUAAGGACUUCCUUUGUCCCACGAUUCCUCUUGACUGCACACAGCACCCACCUCCAGUCCCGUGCAUGCUGCCGCCACCGGGUAGACCCAGAGCUCCCCCCCCGCCCCCCUUCAGUUACUCGUCUCUCGUACCCACGUUCAUUGAAUCCAAAUACAUCCAAAAAGGGUAAGGCAGUUUUAAAAAUGUGAAAACAUUUAAAAAUGAUAGCAGGGAAUUCUUAGAUAUAGCCAAUGCCUUUUACUUAACCGUGCCCAGCAGGCUGGGCGCGUUGAAAAGCCCAAAUAUUUUGAACAAACUCGAGCGGAUUUAACAAGGGUAACCAGCUUGGAAUCUAGCAACUUGCCAAUGUGUUUACCGACCUGGGGGCUUGUUUUUCUUCUCUUCUUUUAAAUAAGUGGCAGUUAAUUGGCAUCAUACCAAACAUUGAAGAGCGGAGGAUUUAUUUAUUGUCACUGGGAAUCUGACCACUAUACUGUCCCUUCUUCUUCUUUUUUUUUUGGUAUUCUAGGUAAUGUUUUUUGGAAUGGAUUUAUGUCUUUUUUAAGUGAAAGUUAAAUUUGUUCUAAUGCCCAUUCCCUAAAGCCAACAGAGAUUUGUAGAUUUAAAGGGAUCUUGUUUGGAGAAGACAUGUUCAAAAGGACCAAGCAAGCCCCUUAGCACUCGGGUCAGUUUCUCUUGAAGAAACCGGAGCUUGGUGGGUCCCGCAGACCCUGCAGGUUUCUGUUGGCUCUAAUCUUCAGUUAUAUAAUCUUCUGCUUUAAUACCUAACUGCACUGGAUGUGAGAGUAACGCACCUGUAUAGUCACUGUUCUAGAUAUUAACAUUUAACACUGCUGUGAUUGCUCAAGGGCAUUUUAUGUUAUGGCUUUAAAGCAAAGGCAUGAUUAUUAGAAACUAUUUAAGCUUUUUUUCUUUGAAGAACAAGCUCCUUCUUCAGAAUAUAAGCAACAGUAGUGCCUGUGGUUUAGCCCACCAAUCUUGAUGACUACAAGUAGCUGAUGCAUUGUGCAUAUGAUGCUUGAGAUGGUUUUUGCAAAAGCAGAAAUCACUGCAAGGUAAUGACAAUAGAUAAAAGUGGUAUUUUAAACCUUGGAAAUAAAUGGAUGUAACUGUACCUUGGUACAGCUUUUCACUUGUUUAGUUUUUAAACGCUAGUAUAAUCUGAAUAAAUUUAAUAUAAAAUGUUGCCAAAUUCAAUGUAGAAAGAAUGUGACGACACACCUUGGGUAGUUCUGUUUGUGUUUUUGCAUAUUGUAAAAGCAGGGUCACAGCUAAAAAUAAAGAAAUCGUUUCUAAAGGUAAAUUAUUGUGGUUUAGUUGCUAGUUUGUACUGAGAGUUGACCUCUCCCCGUGCAGUUUUUUGUUCUAAACUUGUAUAAAUAACAGUUGUGUAAUGUGUCUCCCUUCUACCUUGUAACAAUUGCUUCAGCCUACAUUAUAAAUAAAGAACCACUAGAAAAAGU